AUGGAUGGGGGGCAACUACAUCUUGGAGCAGCCUGCUUCGAGUAUGAUGAGCUCACACCCAAGGUUUCGAUCAAUACCUAUCUUGGCGCCUGGAAGCACUGGACAGCAAAGCUGACUUCCUUCUUUUCCAACCAGAUGUGGGUCGGUGGGCUCUACCGCAAGCUUACCCCAUAUCGGCGACAGGAAAUGGACGAACGCCGCAAGGAAUUGGGGAUGGGGCCGUGCUCGAUCCACGAAGACGGCAAGGUGACAGGCACCCCGUACUUGAAGUCGGCGCAGACCCUCGAUCGGUUUGAGCUCUUCUACGGUGAAGAUGGAAGCCUGAACCUCGAUGACACCUGGGACGACGCUGCUUGCUGCCACUAA